AAUACUUGAGGAGCGAGACUGCCUUUCUGGAAGAGUUGGUGUUUGGAAGUGGAGAUACCAUUGAACUUUCCUGUAACACCCAAGGCUCUUCUGUGUCUGUUUUCUGGUUUAAAGAUGGUAUUGGGAUUGCACCUACCAACAGAACUCAUAUUGGACAAAAACUGUUGAAGAUAAUCAAUGUGUCCUAUGAUGACUCAGGGCUGUACAGUUGCAAGCCAAGGCAUUCCAAUGAGGUCCUGGGAAACUUUACAGUCAGAGUUACAGAUUCCCCUUCGUCGGGUGAUGAUGAAGAUGAUGACGAUGAGUCAGAAGAUACAGGUGUCCCCUUCUGGACCCGGCCAGAUAAGAUGGAAAAGAAGCUGCUGGCAGUUCCUGCCGCCAACACCGUUCGCUUCCGAUGUCCGGCGGGUGGAAACCCAACUCCUUCCAUCUACUGGCUGAAAAACGGCAAGGAGUUCAAGGGAGAGCACAGGAUUGGGGGCAUCAAGUUGCGACACCAGCAGUGGAGCUUAGUGAUGGAGAGUGUUGUGCCGUCAGAUCGAGGAAAUUACACCUGCGUGGUGGAGAACAAAUAUGGCAACAUUAGGCACACGUACCAGCUUGAUGUAUUAGAAAGGUCACCCCAUCGACCAAUCCUACAAGCAGGGCUCCCUGCCAACCAGACCGUGGUGGUAGGGAGCAAUGUGGAGUUUCACUGCAAGGUCUACAGCGAUGCCCAGCCUCACAUCCAGUGGCUGAAGCACGUGGAAGUCAAUGGCAGCAAAUACGGACCCGAUGGGACGCCCUAUGUCACGGUGCUGAAGUCUUGGAUCAGUAAAAACGCUGAAGCCGAUGCUAACCUAAAUCUGUUCAAUGUGACAGAACAGGAUGAAGGAGAAUAUCUGUGUAGAGCCAACAAUUUCGUAGGCAUAGCCGAAAAGCCAUUUUGGCUCCACAUUCGCAAACCAAAACCAGCAGAGGAGCUUAUGGAAAUAGAUGAUUCAGGCUCAGUGUACACUGGCAUUGUCAGUUACAGCGGUGGCUUUGUUAUCUUUAUCCUGGCGGUGGCCGGUGUGACUAUCUACAAGAUGAAAAUGCCAAACAAAAAAGCCAUGAACACGCCCACUGUACAGAAAGUCUCCAAAUUUCCACUCAAGAGACAGGUGUCGUUGGAGUCCAACUCUUCCAUGAAUUCCAACACGCCCCUGGUCCGGAUAACACGUCUCUCCUCCAGCGAUGGGCCCAUGCUGGCCAACGUCUCCGAGCUGGAGCUGCCUCCUGACCCCAAGUGGGAAUUGGCACGCUCUCGCCUGACCCUGGGGAAGCCGCUUGGCGAGGGCUGUUUUGGCCAAGUGGUGAUGGCAGAAGCGAUUGGGAUUGAUAAGGACAAGCCAAACAAGGCCAUCACGGUUGCUGUCAAGAUGUUAAAAGAUGAUGCCACAGACAAGGACCUUUCUGACCUGGUCUCUGAGAUGGAAAUGAUGAAAAUGAUCGGGAAGCAUAAAAACAUUAUCAACCUCCUCGGUGCCUGCACGCAGGAUGGACCCCUCUAUGUGUUGGUGGAGUACGCGUCGAAGGGGAACUUGCGGGAAUACCUCAGGGCACGUCGUCCACCUGGCAUGGACUAUUCCUUCGACACCUGCAAGCUGCCUGAGGAGCAGCUGACAUUUAAAGACCUGGUUUCCUGCGCCUACCAGGUGGCCCGGGGCAUGGAGUACUUGGCAUCUCAGAAAUGCAUUCAUCGUGACUUGGCAGCCAGGAACGUGUUAGUCACUGAAGACAAUGUGAUGAAAAUAGCUGAUUUUGGCCUCGCUAGAGACGUUCACAACAUCGACUAUUACAAGAAAACCACCAAUGGUCGGCUGCCUGUGAAAUGGAUGGCUCCAGAAGCCUUGUUUGACCGGGUCUAUACUCACCAGAGCGAUGUCUGGUCUUUUGGAGUGCUACUAUGGGAGAUCUUCACUUUGGGAGGGUCUCCAUAUCCGGGGAUUCCCGUUGAGGAACUCUUCAAGCUCUUGAAGGAAGGCCAUCGGAUGGACAAACCCGCAAACUGCACGCACGACCUGUACAUGAUCAUGCGGGAGUGCUGGCAUGCCGUCCCCUCGCAGCGGCCUACCUUCAAGCAGCUGGUGGAAGACCUGGAUAGAGUCCUCACCGUGACGUCCACCGACGAGUACCUGGACCUCUCAGUGCCCUUUGAGCAGUACUCGCCAGCCGGCCAGGACACCCACAGCACCUGCUCGUCUGGGGACGACUCGGUGUUUGCACAUGACCUGCUGCCUGAUGAGCCCUGCCUGCCCAAGCACCACCCCCCCUGCAACGGCGUCAUCCGGACGUGA